ACGCGGCUUGUUCCUCUACUUCUCGAUCAGAACUAUAUAAACAGAUGCUCCUAUAUUUCUAUGCCACUCAAUCCCUUCUAACGCGCUAUCACGCUCUCUACUUUACGCACCAAUUACAUGGGCCCCAUUCUUUCCAUCUUGGCACUCGUCAUUUGGCGCGUGUAAGUUUCGGAGAAAAAUUUGCCCUAGUCGCCUGGGAAGAAUCCCUCUUCUUACUCUCUCUAUAAUGGACCACGAACCACCGCCUGCGACUCCGAUCAGAUGCUGCAGAUCCAAUUUCGUAUUCAUUGAUCGGAUAAUCUUCUUCUGAUCUGGCAGAUUCACGGUGUUCGAUUUCCGUUUUAUAGGUAGGAAUGGAGCCUAUGGAUAUCGUUGGAAAAACUAAAGAGGAUGCUUCGCUUCCAAAAGCUACUAUGACAAAAAUCAUUAAAGAGAUGCUCCCCCCUGAUGUGCGCGUUGCAAGAGAUGCUCAGGACCUUUUAAUUGAGUGUUGUGUAGAGUUUAUUAAUCUUAUUUCAUCAGAGUCAAAUGAAGUAUGUAAUAGAGAAGAUAAAAAAACAAUUGCACCUGAGCAUGUACUCAAGGCUUUGGAGGGUCUUGGAUUUGGCGAGUAUAUCGAAGAAGUUUACGCUGCAUAUGAACAGCACAAGCUCGAGACGGUGGACACAGUGAGAACCGGGAAAUUGAGCAAUGUAGCUGAAAUGACCGAGGAACAAGCGCUGGCAGAGCAGCAGAGGAUGUUUGCAGAGGCACGUGCUAGAAUGAACGGAGGCAUCACAGUUCCCAAGCAAUCCGAUCCUGAGCCUCAAGGCCCUCAACCAAGUUUGAAUACCUAACUUAGGACUUAGAAUGUCGUUUAAUUAUGUAGAGAAGCACACUUUGAUUCUGAAUCUGUGCCUUUUUUUCCCCCCCCUUUACAUUUGUGUAUAACAGGGUAAUCCAGUGGAUUCUCUGACUUAAAUAGGACGUGUACUUCUUGUAUUCUGUCUAUAUAUUUCUGUAAUUAGGGAGUUUCUCGAAAUCAGCAUCUGUUUUAACUU